AUGUCCAUCCACAUUACACAACCGCUGAGCGUCUAUGCCUUGCAAAAUGAGCUCCCUAAGCAUACCGCAUCUCCUACUAACAACGCCCGCGCAUACAUUGAGGAUUUACCUUUCACGACUGUACGAAGGGGAUCUUUCGUUUGCGCGUCACCAUCGAUUUCCCCUUUUCGAGAAGAUGAAGGCCUUAUCAACAAUAGCACGACGGAUGGUACAGGUGGAUUCGUUACCGACGGUAUCCCUGCCGAGUUGAGAGAUUGGGAUGGAUACCGGAGUCGCAUGCGCAUGAUUCAAUGUCGGUUAUACCUGUUGCGUUGCGAAGUCUUACAGUCUACAGCCAAUGCAGUUGAACAAAGAGCUUGGGCGCAGUGCCUCAAUGUAUCCACCCAUCAAUACUAUGGCAAAAUUCUGAAAUAUGCCCUGAAGGCGCAGCAGCUGGCCGACGCUACAUCAAACCACGAUCUGCAAGCACGUUCUGAAUAUUGGUCUGGACGAGGAUGUGGCGGUCUGUGCGAUUGGGGGGCUGCUGCCAGCCAUUUCGCAGCUGCUGUGAAGCUGGAUGUGCCGAACGAUAAUUCAAGAGACAAGCAGCGGCAACAGAGGGAUGUGCUCCCAAUCAAGAAAGACGACGUCGGUUUCCUGCUGGGGAGCGUAACACGACGCUAUGAGAAAGAGAUGCAAAAGAAGGAACAAGCACGGAAAGCUAAUCAUGGCCAGGACACAAGCCCCAGUCCCACCGAAGACGUUCAGCGAAAGAUGCCGAAAAGACCUGGCUGGAUGCCAUAUUACGAACACAUGAUUCAUCUGGGGAAGCAGCAGUCGGGCGGAGUAUUUCAUCAACUUCUCUCGUGUGAUUAUGGGUCCACACUCAAUAAAGAAGAAAUGACCGCCUUAAAGAAAAGGCUGAGCCUAAAUGACGGCAAACAAGAAAUUCGUAAGACCUUUAGUGCACGGGAGUGGCUAAUUAUCCUACGCGGCGAAGAGGCCACCAAGAAGUGCAGCGACAGCGUUGGUAUCCACAGUUCUACCCAUCGACAAGGCCAGCACAGCGGACCAUCCCGGACUCUGUCGCCCGCCUCUUCGAUCAACGCCUCAAAGCAUUCCUCACCCGAAAUCGCCCACAGUCUAGGCAACAAGAUCGAUCUUACAGGCUACGAAAGUGGGGGCGCGACACUAUCGCUUCUUGGAAGUACCAAAUCACCUUCGUCCGAUGAAGAAGACAAAACACCUUCACCACCAACAGCGGACCUUCACGGUCGUCGUAACGUGAAGUUACCGCACAUCUUUACCAGGGCGAUAAAGAUGAAUCCUAGCCUUGGUGAGGCUGUGCUAGGCCCGUUGGUACCUACGGAUUCGGUGAUGGAGAAAGACCCGAUUGAAGCGGAAUCGGAAGGGAGUGGUUCUGAUGACGGAACACGUCAUAUUGGCAGUGAAGAGCAUGUUGGUACGCCUAUUGACGAGAAGACUGAAGAGAGCAGAAGUAAUAUUUCAUCUUCGCGUACUGGUAGUGAGUGA